AUGGGGAAUAACCUGAGUGUGCCAGAGGAAGCUGAGGAUGACAACACCUGCACAGUGAAGAGUUUCCAGCCUCUCCCGGAGUCUCCUGAAAGUAUUACCAAUGGAUCCGUGGUGUUUGUCCAGACCCCUCCCCUGGCAGUGAAUGGUGAAGCGGUCGCAGCCGUGCCUCUGGCAGAGCCCGGCCCCGGUGCCCGGGCGGGCGGGCAGAGCGGCGGGAGCGCUGCCAGCAGAGCCCAGCCGGCUGCCAGGCUCCGCUCCCCGCCCUUCUUCCCCUGGGCUGUGCCAGGCCGUGCCGAGGAGCCCGCCGUGCCACCAGCCCCCCGAGAGGCCGCCCUCGGUGCCACCAGGCUGAACGGAGCCCCGAGCGAGGGCACGGAGGCGCCCCACCAGGGAACCCUCGAGGGAACCCGUGCCAAGCUGGGCCAGGACGCCGAGCUCGCGGGGACGCCUGAGGGACACGAUGUGGCCGCCCCAAAGGGCAGGCAAGUGACGCUCCUCGACAGGAUCUUCAGGCUGGAGAAGGGCAAGGGAAGGACACAGAGUGACCCCCAGGAGGGAAGGCAGAGCUUGGAUGAUCCCGAUGGGAGCAUCGCGGCCGGCGCGCCCAACGGGGUCCUGCUGGGAAAGGAGCUAGAUGAGUGCAGGCAAAAGGAGCUCGGGCAGGACUCUGCAGGUGACCGGAGCCCGGCUGCUGCAGCAGCUGGCAGGGCACAGGUGGAGCAGGGCAGUGCCCAGGCAGCUGCAGGACAGGGCUCAGUCAUGAGCUUCCUCAGAACACUGGUCUCCUCAAGCAAAGCUGAAGCCAAAAGUGAUUCUGAAGAUAAGGGCUCCAGGGCGGAGAAGGGCCCUGGGGGACAGCCUGGCCCGAAGGCAGCCGCAGGAUCCCCCUCCAAAGGAGCCAAGAAAAAGAAGGCAGAGAGCCCCAAAAAGCUGGGCCACAGCACCUUUAGCAAACUCUUUAGGCACAAGGCUGAGAAAGAAACCCAGCAGACAGCCAACACCAAACUCCUCAGGGCUGGAGUCAGGAGGUUGCUGCCACUGUGUUUGGCCCCGCAGAACUGCUCGGAAGAAGCAGAGGCCGCGGGCAGGGAGAAGGCAGAGGCGGCUCCCGAGGCGGCGGCUCCGGCCCGGGACGAGAGCGAGAGCGCGGAGAGCGCCGGGGCCAAGCCGCGAGCGGCCGAGAGCAGAACGCCCAAGGCAAACCUCAGGAAGUUCUUCAAGCUGACUCUGAACGCCACGGAGAAGCCUCUUGCCCCACCCGAGAGCGACCCUGGGGGCCCAAGGAGCAAAGAGGGCUCCAAAGACAAGAAAUCCACGCUGGAGCUGGGCAAGCAGAAGGGCAAGGAGCAGCCAGAGCCCCGGGAGCAGCCAGCACCUGAGCCCGACUCCAUCCACAACGGCGGCGACAGCAAGGAGCCCUCCUACAAGAAGACAGAGAAGAGGCAGUCCCUGGGAGGGUUUUUUAAAGGCCUUGGCUCCAAAAGGAUGUCGGAUGCUGAAGUGCAGACAGAUCCCGUGUCCAUCCUCCCUGCUGGGAAAUCCAAGUAGUGCCCAGCCGUGGCUGCUGAAGGGAGGCUCAGCAGCUCUCGGGGAGCUCCUGGCAGCAGAAAUUACUCCUUCCUGGCAGCAGGAAUGACUCCCUUCUGGCAGCAGGAAUGACUCCCUUCUGGAAGCAGAAAUGACUCCUUUCUGGCAGCAGGAAUAACUCCUUUUCCUCCCCACGCUGCCACAAACCCCCGAGGCUGAAGCAAACCCCGGGGUAUCACUGCAGGUAGUCACUGGCAGGGUUUGUUGCUCACCUGUAGAAAGCAGCUCUAAAGAUCCCCAUGAAAUGUGUUAAAGGUAAGGUGCUGUGGAUGAAGUGAGUUAAGUGGAGGGUAAGUUAGGUAUGAGGGUGGCAGAGAAUUCAAUAAAUGGCAGGAAAAGCAGAGAAUCUGCCAGAGCUGCACAAGGUUACCACCGGUUUCAUAUAGGAUUUUUCAGCCCAUUGUGAUUUACAGAAUUCAAUGAAUGGCACAGAAAAGCAAAGCACGUGGCAGAGGAUGGCAGCGAGGCCCGGGCAGAGGAUCCUUCACUUGAGAGAGCUCGAGGGCAGCCAGGAAAGCACAAAUCCCCUGCGAAAUGUUCUGCUGCAGCCGAACAGCAGCUCAGUGGCUUUGCUGGGGUUCCCGCAGAGCUGAAGUGCAGCGGAGCCUUCAGCCCGACCCAGCCCCUGGUGACCCAGCCCUGCUCCCCCGGCUCAUCAGUGGAAAUUAAAGCGCUAAAAUGCAAAGGCUUGACGCCAUUGAGGCGGCUCCUCUCCUGGCCGGGCGGGUGGGAUAACUAAUUAAAAGCUAUUUAAGGUUCUAAUAGGACGCAAGAGGGCAGCCACAUCCCCUAACGCCGGGCUGUGCCUGCCAGCCCGCAAUUAAUGUUCCUUAGGUCGUAGGAAACUUUAGUUGUUCAUCCCGAUGUUUGUUUAUAUCCAUACUUGUAAUUAAUCCUAAUAAAAGCCAAAAUCAAAGCUGCCCAGGCAGCUCUCUGCUUCACAAGACUCCUGUAAUAACUGUAGUUAAUAAAUUUUACAGAAAAUUAAGAUUUCUGCUCGUUCCAUCCUAGCCUGUAUAGGGAGCCAGGGACCUGACGUUUUAAUCCACACUGAUCUUAAUGAUGCAAUACUGUAUAUUUUGACAUCCUUAUCUUUAAAUAAACUAAUACUUAUCCUUUGAAACAAAAAA